AUGGCCAAGCGGAAAGCAGUGGAAACGGUUGAGCAGAAGCAAGUCAAGAAACCGACAAAAACACCAAAUAAAGCCUCAAUUUCAAUAUGCAUACCGUCAUCGGUGAUCAGCAACAAGAAUGCCCAUAAUCUCGAACAAAAGACGAUGAUAGCUUAUCAAAUAGCUAAAGCAUGUCUAAUAUACAACGUUUCGGAAAUUAUCGUGCUCAACGUGCCGCAGAAGCAGGACAUGGCUGAGACGACGAAAGUGGAGCCCGUCACCGUGGGAAACAAAGUCCUAUUCAAUGAAGAUCUCAAUGGUGAUGACUCUUCCACCACCAAGACCAAGAGCACCACUAAAAACGCGGGGCGGGACAAACUGCACAGCGGCGAAGACGCCAUAUUGUUAGCGAGCCUCUUCCAAUUCUUCAUUACUCCGCCGUAUUUGGUCAAAACCGUGUUUCUGCCGAGUCUCAAUCCGCAAUUCAAGCACAUUAUGCCCAAGUUCAAACAUGCUUACAAAUUGCCCAAGAUCACCACGUUGCCAUUCAUGCAGAACAACGAAGUCUAUCGUGAUUUCAAAGAAGGCAUAGUGAUACCGCGAGAGACGCCCAAGGUCAAGCAACGCCUGGGCAUGAAAGCCAAAUCACCCCACAAGGUCACCGUGAGCAAAUACGUCAACGUGGGCGAGGCGCAAGCGAUCAAGUUGGAGAUCAAGCGCGAGGUGCCCAUAUAUCUGCGGAUCACGGUGGAUUUGAAGAAUCGCACCAUUGUGAGUCCACAGGCUGCAUAUGGCGUCACGGGCCACAAGUCGAGUUUCGGGUACUUGGUGCGAUUGAUUAAUGAAACGGGAGAGUUCAAUAAGGUAUUCACGGGUGCUCCGUUGGAGCAGGGGUACACCAGGACCGUUUUCGUUCCAUGCGAUGAUUAUUUCGAUAAGGUUGGUAAAGUGAUUAGCGAAGUUGAAAGAUACCAAGGAGACGACGAUGAUGAUGAUGCGGAGGAGAAGGAGAAAGGUGAUAAGAAUUUAUUGGUUGUCUUGGGGAAUUACUGGGAUUUCCAGCGCAGUUUUGAGUUGGAUGAAGCCAAGGAUUCGAUGUUUGCUGGGAUCACGGGUGUGGAAAAGUUGUUUGAUUACAAGUUGGACAUACCUCGCGGUGUCAGGAUUGAAGACGGCGUUUUAAUUGCCUUGACUAGGUUGUUAGAGUGA